CUAAUUGUAAUAUAUAUAGACGUAUACAAUCACUUGUGUUCUCCAUUUAAUCACCACCAUCAUCUCAAGUCUCAACUCUUCUCUCUCAACAGCUUCUCAUCAUCCAUAUCAUCGUAUAACUUUUGAUAUAGAGAAAAUGAGCAGAACGGAGACAAUGGGUUUGACCAAAAGAGGAAUGUUGCAGUCAAGUAGUUGCAAUCGCCUUAUGGACCGCUCUGAGUCCCUCAAGAGGGACAGCGUGAUGAGCAAUGGUGGUGCAGCCAAAGUGAAGGGAAGCUUAGAGCGCAAGAAAUCAAAGAGUUUUAAGGAAGGAGAAAGCUAUGCUUCUUGGCUCAUAACGGAAGCUCCUGGGAGUAUAGCCGCCGUGAGGAGGGAACAAGUGGCUGCACAACAAGCCCUAAGGAAAUUAAAGAUUGCUCAUUACGGCAGAUCCAAAUCAACCCUAACUAAUUUCAAUUCCUCCAAAGUUGUCCCUCUUAUUCAUCCCCAUCCUCAGAGAUGCAGCUUCCUCACCCCUACUUCUGAUCCUGUUCACGUUGCCUACCAUGAUGAAGAAUGGGGAGUCCCUGUCCAUGAUGACAAGACGUUGUUCGAGCUGCUGACCCUCAGUGGCGCACAAGUAGGCUCCGAUUGGAGUUCAACCUUGAGAAAACGUCAUGACUUCAGGAAGGCGUUUAUGGAGUUUGAGGCGGAAGCGGUUGCAAAACUUAGCGAGAAAGAGAUGAAUGCAAUAAGCAUCGAGCACAAGAUAGAGAUGAGCAAAGUGAGAGGUGUUGUAGAGAACGCUACAAAGAUCGUAGAGAUCAAGAAAGACUUCGGGUCACUAGAGAAGUACCUUUGGGGAUUUGUGAACCACAAGCCCAUCUCCACCAACUACAAGCUUGGCCACAAGAUUCCGGUCAAGACAUCGAAGUCAGAGAGCAUCAGCAAAGACAUGGUCCGUCGAGGCUUCCGAUUCGUGGGUCCCACUGUGGUUCACUCCUUCAUGCAAGCCGCUGGUCUUACCAAUGACCACUUGCUCACUUGUUACCGUCACCUCCCUUGCACUCUCCUCACUACCAAACCGUAACUUUUGUUUUCCUUAUUUCUUUACUUAAUUGAAAGUGUGCGUUUUUUUAUAUAUAUAACUUUCGGGUGGUUUGUGUAGAACAAAUGUAGGCGUUUAGUUUGUUUUUUCCUUUUCUUUUGUGAGAGGUUUUUAAAAAUCACAUGUAUAAGGGUUUUUGAUGUAUGUGUGGUGUGACAAAAUUGAAUUAGUAAUGGAUUUUCAUUUCAA